AUGAAUUCAAUUCUCAAGUUGAGGUACUUAGUAAAGUUGGAUUUCACUCUUAAAAACUUAAAGAACUUUAUUAAACUUAUCAGAUUUAUAAUUUAUUAGAACUUCUAAAUUACACACAAUAAAAUUAAGAUUUAAUUAAAUAAGACCAUUAUUUAUAUUGAUACUCUCUUUUAAGAUUCUGAUAUCUAUAAAGAACUUUUAUUUAGAGAAUACUCAUUAAAUUCAAUUUGUUCAAAAUUUCUUUACUCAUUAAAACAUAAAAGGAAUAUCAUUACUUUCAGAAUUUAUAGAAAAUAAAGACUUUGA